GACAAAAAUUACAACUUGCUCUUGGUAAAGUUGGAGAAAUAGGUUUGCUUAAGUCUUUUUGUGGGUGGGUGUGUGUGGCCCUUCUUGCUAUAUAUUAGAAUUGCAGCAAAGCUUUUGGCUAAUAAAAGGAAAAUAAAAUGGAAAAUGCUGUAGACACAUUUUCCAUUUAAGAUUACAUUUGUCAUCAAAAAUAUCACCCUAAUUUUUUUUUCUUCAAAAUUCUUGCUGCGCACAAAGAACAAACAAUCAUCCAUGGAUUAAUUUACUCAUAAAAAUAAAUACAUUUCUUGAAAACGUCUCUGAUAUAUUGAAACAAAGCAGCACAGAAAAAUGUUUCCAAACGGAGUGGCUGACGUUUGUUUCUUCAGGGAUAUGCGUUUGCUAAGUCUGGAGAGCGGCUGACCCGCCGUCUGAGGAAAGUGGGCUUCCAGGCCAUGCUGAGACAGGAAAUUGCCUGGUUUGAUGAUCCCAACAACAGUCCUGGAGCUUUGACCACCAGACUGGCCACAGAUGCAUCUAUGGUCCAGGGGGCAACUGGUUCCCAGAUUGGCAUGAUCGUGAACUCCCUGACCAACAUUGGAGCCUCGUUCAUCAUCGCCUUCUACUUCAGCUGGAAGCUAACUUUGGUAAUCAUGUGCUUCCUGCCUCUAAUUGGGCUGUCUGGCGUUUUCCAAGCCAAAAUGCUCACAGGCUUUGCAAACGAAGAUAACAAGUCCAUGGAAGCAGCAGGUCAGGUGUCCAGUGAGGCUCUCAGCAACAUCCGGACCAUUGCAGGUUUAGCCAAAGAGCGCUCGUUUGUGGAAUCAUACGAGCAAAAGCUGGAGCUUCCCUAUAAAUCUGCCAAGAAGAGAGCAAACAUCUAUGGGCUCUGUUUCGGCUUCGCCCAGUGCGUCACCUUCAUGGCGUAUGCUGCUUCGUUUAGAUAUGGAGGCUACCUGGUCAGAGCUGAAGGGUUACCAUACAUGCUGGUGUUUAGAGUGAUUUCGGCCAUCGUGAUCAGUGGGACGGCGCUGGGGAGAGCUUCCUCCUUCACUCCAGAUUACGCCAAAGCCAAAAUCGCUGCUGCUCAGAUCUUUAAACUGUUGGACAGGGUUCCUAAAAUCAGCAUUAGCCGCACAGAUGGACAGAAAUGGGAGAUGUUCAAAGGAGAUAUUGAGUUUUGCAACUGCAAGUUUACGUAUCCGACAAGGCCAGACACUCAGGUGCUGAAGGGCCUGGCUGUUUCUGUGAAGCCUGGUCAGACUUUGGCUUUUGUUGGGAGCAGCGGCUGUGGGAAAAGCACCAGCGUCCAGUUACUGGAGAGGUUCUACGACCCAGAUGAGGGGCAAGUGCUGAUUGACGGUCACCCAUCCCGUGGCGUCAAUGUUCCCUUCCUGAGGUCUCAGAUUGGGAUCGUGUCGCAGGAACCAGUGUUGUUUGACUGCAGCAUCGCGGAGAACAUCCGAUACGGAGAUAACGCUCGGAGUGUUGGCAUGGAGGAGGUGAUGGAGGCUGCCAAGAAGGCCCAUCUUCAUGACUUUGUGAUGUCUCUACCGGAUAAAUAUGAGACUCAGGUUGGUGCCCAGGGCUCGCAGCUAUCAAGGGGACAGAAGCAACGCAUUGCCAUUGCCAGAGCCAUUGUCCGAAACCCCAAGAUCUUACUGCUCGAUGAGGCUACAUCGGCUCUGGACACAGAAAGUGAACAGACCGUCCAGUCUGCUCUGGAUGAAGCAAGAAAGGGACGCACGUGCAUCGUCAUCGCUCACCGGCUCUCCACAAUCCAGACGGCCGACAUCAUAGCGGUGAUGUCCCACGGAGUAGUCAUCGAACAGGGUACGCAUGAUAAGCUCAUGGCCAAGAAGGGUGCCUAUUACAAACUGGUCACAACAGGAGCUCCGAUCAGCUAAUCCCUUGCAGCACCAAACAGUUUUAAAAUCAUUUGGAUAAAUAAAUCAGAAGGUAUACCUAACACGGAGUCUCUUUGUCCGUUUGGAGAAUGCGUCUUUUAAACCUUUAUAUCAUUAAAGAGAUACAAAACAACUGCGAUGACAGCAGGGAAACAGUCAUUGACAUGCAACUUAGCAUCCCUGCAACAAGUGCCUUUUGAUUUGUUCCUUGCUCACAUCUCAGAUAUUAUAGCAUUAUUUGUCUUACAGUCAGCUGCAUAAGUUACCUCUUUUACUCUGAAGUUGUCCCUGCCAAGAGAUUAAACAGCUUCUGUUUUAUGAAUUAUUUUUGUUAUUUGAGGUUAAACGCUAUAUUGUACACAUUUGUGUUUAAUAUUAUAAUGUGUAAAUGAAACAUUGUGCAAAAGUUUGAGAUUUUGCCUUUUAAAGUGGUUUUCCCUUCCCCUUUCUUUUCUUGUUCUUAUUUUUAUUUUUAUAAAUAUGUUUCUGAUAAUCUGACCAAACAAUGUGUUGUUAAUAAUGCUUAUAUACAAACGUUUUACCUUUACUCAUCAUAUUUCACCUGUAACAUUAGCUCUAAGCAAAUCUUGCCAAAGGUUAGGGCCCCCUGCCGGCCUGGGGCCAAAACUGACAUAUUUAAAGAGAUAAGCAAUUAAAUAUAAAUGGUCCGAUAAAUAAACCAACACUCAACCAAUUAAUUUAAAAAUGACAAAUUAUUUUACAUCUGUGAAUAUCUUAGUUUAAAAUGUCACAUUCAUUUACUUUACCAUUUGUUAUUAAUUUAAUUGGCCUUCACACUUUCUUAUUAUUUUUAUUUCCAGCACAAUAUUUAAGCAUUAAUUAAAUCUUACUAUCUUUUUCAUGUUUUUCUUUUACACAAUGAUGCAUUUAUGUCUCUUUUAUUUCUUCCUUAAAAUAUCUUACCGUGUUUUCCCCACAAGCUAUUUUAUAUCUAUGUAUUCUUUUCACAUUUUUCCAUCUUCUUUACUUUUCCUUAUGCAUUUCUUCUUUAUAAGGCAAAUAAGGUGGAUAAUCCUUCACUGGGUCGGUUACUCUAGUAUUGGUCAAUCAGAAGGAAGGCAUAAUUGUUUUCAUUCUGCCUUUUAGAAGGUCUGAAGUGAGUUAGGCAACCAUCAUUAAAAAAUGCCGUGGCACGCUCAGUUACAAGUUUUCUGGGGGUUUCUAUCGAACAAAGUCUGUAAGAAAACUGAACUUGACUGCGGUGUACUAUAAAUGAAAUUUGAAAAGUAUGUAAUUGAAUUUUUAUUUGUCUAAAUGAUUGGACUGGUUUGUUUUAUUUCUGUAUAUAAACCAUAUGUUUGUCAAGUAUCCUUAGAUGGCAUUUUUUGUGAA